AUGGCGGCGGCACUGCCAAAACGGAGCAGCCGCUCGGCUUAAUCGAUCAUUUUCUCUAAAUCACCGGGGCAGAUCGGAUUCAAACCGACCAAAUCGCUCGGCACAACUGUGUUAAAUCACCCGCAGCCUGCGAUAUCCAACGUGAGAUCCUGUCGCGUUAAACCCGGUGUUUUUUCACGGAAAUGCUCUUACUCUAGUUUGUGUCUCGUCCAUUAACUGUUUUGGGGAGAAUGGGAGAAAAGCUGGAGUUAAAACUGAAGUCGCCGGUCGGAGCCGAAGCUGCAGGCUAUCCGUGGCCCUUACCUGUAUAUGAUAAACAUCAUGAUGCUGCACAUGAAAUCAUCGAAACUAUUCGCUGGGUGUGUGAAGAGAUCCCAGAUCUUAAGCUGGCCAUGGAGAACUAUGUUCUUAUCGACUACGACACCAAGAGCUUUGAGAGUAUGCAGAGACUAUGUGAUAAGUACAACAGAGCCAUUGACAGCAUUCACCAACUGUGGAAAGGGACCACCCAACCCAUGAAACUCAACAAGCGGCCUUCCAACGGCCUGCUGCGUCACAUCCUACAGCAGGUCUACAACCACUCCGUCACCGACCCAGAGAAACUCAACAACUACGAGCCGUUCUCUCCCGAGGUGUACGGAGAGACCUCCUUCGACCUGGUAGCUCAGAUCAUUGAUGAGAUGGAGAUGAUAGAAGACGACACCUUCGUGGAUCUGGGCAGUGGAGUUGGUCAGGUAGUCCUGCAAGUCGCUGCAGCCACCAACUGUAAACACUACUACGGCGUGGAGAAAGCAGACACUCCAGCAACCUAUGCAGAGUCAAUGGACAAGGAGUUUAAGAGAUGGAUGAAGUGGUAUGGCAAAAAACAUGGCGAGUACACGCUGGAAAGGGGAGAUUUCCUUUCAGAAGAAUGGAGGGAACGAAUAGCCAACACAAGUGUUAUUUUUGUGAAUAACUUUGCCUUUGGUCCUGAGGUGGACCACCAGCUGAAGGAACGAUUCGCCAACAUGAAGGAAGGUGGAAAAAUUGUAUCCUCAAAACCUUUUGCACCUCUUAACUUCAGAAUAAACAGUCGAAACUUGAGUGAUAUUGGCACAAUAAUGAGAGUAGUUGAGCUGUCUCCUCUGAGGGGAUCGGUUUCGUGGACGGGGAAGCCAGUGUCGUACUAUCUGCAUACGAUAGACCGCACCAUACUUGAAAACUAUUUUUCUAGUCUCAAAAAUCCUAAACUCAGGGAGGAGCAGGAGGCAGCCAGAAGGCGCCAGCAGAAGGACAGUAAGGAGAAUAAGAGCAACACCACCACCCCGACUAAGCCCAAGGAGCACAAGGCGCAGCAUGACUUUGGUGGUGAGGAGGAGCGCUCAAACUCGCUCGUGCCAGUGAAACCGUCACCCAAACCCCGCCGGGCCAAACUGCUGCCCAGGGGCCGCAAGCUCGGCAACAGGAAGCGCGGGCGGCCUAAGAAGGCUGCCGCUGCCACCGCAGCCGAGCGCAAGAACAAGAAGAGCCAGAUCGCCCUUGAUCUGCUGCACGCCAAGACCCUCUCAGCGGCCCCCCCUCAAGAUGCAUACAGGUCACCUCGGAGUCCUUUCUAUCAGCUACCUCCCAAAGUGCAGCAUUAUACAUCAAGCCAGCUUCUCAUGGGCCCCACUCCACCAGGCCUGCAGGCUCUGCUCGAUAACGUGAAAGUCCAGUACCUGCAGUUCAUGGCCUACAUGAAGACACCACAGUACCGGACCAACCUGCAGCAAGCCCUUGAGCAGGAAAAGCUGAGACACACAGAACUGUCCGGUCAAGCCCAGCAGCUGCUCAACACUUGUCACACUCAUAAGGAGAGGAUCAGAGACCUUUUCCAGUCCAAACUAGAGGAGCUGGGUGUGAAGGCGGUGACCGUGGAGGACCUGGUACAAGCUCAGAAGGAGAUCACAGCCCACAACAUGCAGCUGAGGGAGCAGACCAAACAGCUGGAGAAGGACAUGGCGGAGCUCCGCGAUCAGAGCCUGGUGCUGCUGAAGGCUCGGUGUGAGGAGCUCAAGCUGGACUGGGGAUCUCUGUGUUUGGAGACUCUGUUGAAAGAGAAAGCGGCUCUGCGAAGACAAAUCUCGGAGAAACAGCGCCACUGUCUGGAGCUCCAGAUCAGCAUCGUUGAACUAGAGAAGAGCCAGAGGCAGCAAGAGCUCCUGCAGCUCAAGUCUUACAACCCGUGUGAGGAGUCCCCCUACCAAAAGGCCCUUCCUGGUCCAGAGCCCCGGCCCACACUGGAUUUCGUCACCCCCAAACUCACCCCACACGCCUCUGCGGGGCUCAACGGCCUCAGCCCCGAACUAUCCAUUAACGGCACAGCCUCGCCGGGUUACGAGAGGGGCAGUGGCAGCGGAAUGGGCAAAAACGAGCUCCUCACCCGCUACCUGCCCAUUUCCCCUGACCACGAAAUUGUGCCGCCCACCCCAGACUCAAGAACCAGGCAGCUAGGGCAACCCCUGCCCGACUACACCCGCUUUUCUCCAGCUAAGAUUGCCCUCCGCAGGCACCUCAACCAAGAUUCGGCUGCCAAUCAGUUUAGAGCCCUAGGCAACAUCCACCGUUCAGCUGAUAUUCAAGCGACCAUCACACCCAAGAGCACAGAUAAAGAAAAGAGCCCAGCUGCCCCCGGCGACACCAUAACCAGUCUACCAAUCAGCAUCCCCCUCAGCACUGUGCAUCCCAGCAAACUUCCUGUCAGCAUCCCACUGGCCAGCGUGGUGCUGCCGAACCGUGCAGAAAGAUUGAGGAACACUCCUAGUCCAGUUUCGAAUCCUGCAGGACAGAGCAAUGGCAAGCCGCCUCUCACGCCUACCUCAGGGUAUUCCUCCAGCUCAGGGUUGGUGAAUGGCUCUCACUGCGCCAUGCUGACCGAGAGCCAAGACUGUGACGCUGCGUCCCCUCCCCCUCACAGCACUCCCAUCAUGGGCCUCCAGCCUCGUGGCUCUGACCUCAGUCCUACGCUGGGCACCGGAGGUGUGCUGCAGUACGCUGACGGCCCACCGAGGCUUCCUGAGGACGGCCAUAACCGGCAGGGUCCCGAAUCCGACACGGAGCCCUUGGACAGCGAGGCUCGUCGCCGUAUCUUUUUCUCCUCGUCCUCUUCUUCCUCCUCGUCUUCGUCCUCCACAGGAGGCUCAAGGCUCCACCACGGGUCGGUAAAGCAGGGUCACCAUCAUCACAGUAAGCACCAUCACCACCAUCAUCAUCACUCUCCGAGCUCCCACAGCCAAGAGGGGCGGAAACGAGGGCGGCGGAAGCGCAGCUCCUCUGGGGCCAUUCCCAUUAGCGGAUCCCCCAAAAGAAGGGCAUUUCCAGGACUUGGCUGCUCAAGUCAUUCUUCUGGAUCACCACUUAAUAUCAAUUCAAUGGUGAACAACAUAAACCAGCCUUUGGAGAUCUCCGCCAUUUCUUCCCCGGAGCAGUCAGGACGAAGCCCGUGCGGGACAGAUCUAGAUCAGCCUCCUGUGCUCAAAAGAGAGCGUCCCCUGGAGCUCAACAACACAGGCCGUUAUUCCUCAACCCCUAGUUCAGAUGAAGAGGGCACCAAUUAUGCCCCGGACACCUCUAGUUCAAGCCGAAUUGAACGGAAAAUCGCCACCAUUUCCUUAGAUCGAGACGGACCCAUGAGAGAUGUGGAAAGGAGCUUGCAAGGACGUAAAUCAGGUGCCAGUAGUGUGAGCAGUGAGGUAUCAUCUUCGUCUGGAUCCAGCAAGUGGAAAUCCACCUUCUCCCCAAUCUCUGACCCCAAGCCAACUCCUCCGGAUCACCGCCAGGGUGGCUCGCCAUUCGGUGUGGGGGCUUCCCGAGGCGGUACGGACUCCGACUCGGACCAGAAACCGCAGAGGAGAGGGGAACGUGAGCGGGAGCCUUACGGGAACUCGAACCUCUUCCUCAGUCAGGAUGGUGGCGGUCGCUCAGUCGUCAGUGUAUCAGAGCGGCCCCUGCAGAGACAGAAAUCGCGGGAGUGGGACCUGAAAUCCGUAAGCGGAUUGGCCAGCCAGAACCUCUUUAUAUCCGCCGCGGCCAGUGGAGGCAUUUUGAGUGGGAAAGUGGGCGGGGCCGUCACAGUUUCCUCUGCCUCUCCAGUGGGACAGUACUUCCCCCUGGGCGGGGCUUCGGUCCUCCAGUCCUUAUUUGGAGCUCAGACGCCCGGACCCGCCACCGGCGGAGCCCCCCGGUUGGUCAACGGACAUUCGGCGCUCAGCAGUUUCUCCAGCGCCGGGCUGGCAGGGGGCGCUGCAGGAGGGAUUUUUCACCACAUGGUGCCUUCAGUCUCCUCCCAGCAGUCUGGGGCCAAUCUC